AUGAUCAAGAAUAUGCUGGGUGGCACAUUUCCAAGACCUAAAACAAGUUGGCGUGAAAAACAUGAAACAUUCAUUAAUGCUAUAUCAACAUCUAAACCAACCAACUAUACAUUUCGUUCUGAUAUGCCUUUUUCAUCAUUACCAAAAAUGACAGUACCAAAAGAUUAUGUUAAAUGCGAAUAUUGUGGGCGUAGUUUUAAUAAAGCCGCCGCAGAACGGCAUAUUCCAUUUUGUAAAACUCAACAAGAAAAGAAAGGACCAAUGAAGAUACAAAAGACAAGAUCACGACAUGAUAUCAUGAUACGAUCAGAAGUCAAUAAUUGUCACCACCAACUAAGUAAUAUAUCGUUAAGUCGUGAUAGUAAGAUGAAAUCGAAAAAAGAAGAAUGUCAUCCGGUAAAUAUUUCUUCAAGACGAUCAGAGUCAUUACAGAGGUCACAUGUUGAUAAUUGUAGUGGAAAUGAUCGACGAAGGGAGAGGAGUUCAUCACGAAAAGCUUCAUAUCGAGCAUCGGUACCCCGACGAUCAUCUCUUACCAGAAAAGGCACAUGA